GGCAUUUAUUUCCUUACUGAUGUGUUGGAGCUGCUGCUGCUGCUGCGAGCUGAGUAAUUGAGAACAGCAGUUUGCAUUCGCAGAGGGAUUCGCUCUCUUCUUUUAAAGGCGCAGGCGGAGCUUUGCGAUUGCAAGAGAGAAACAUUGCAAUCUUUUAUUUUUGAUUGGGUGACAUGAUAUUUUUGAUAUCGGUAACAUGUGAAACAAUCAGUUGAACAGUUUUAAAACGCCAUUUUGCGGACUUAAUUUCUUUCUUGGGAUUUUCUUUUACAACGCUCCAAAGAAGUGAGAAUGGCUUCCAAGCUUUUGAGAGCGGUUGUUUUGGGUCCCCCAGGCUCUGGCAAAGGAACUGUGUGUGAGAGGAUCGCAAAGAGCUUUGGUCUCCAGCAUUUGUCCAGCGGGCAGUUCUUAAGAGAGAACAUCAGGGCAAAAAGUGAUGUCGGUAUAUUGGCAAAGCAGUAUCUUGAGCAAGGCCUUUUGGUGCCAGAUCAUGUAUUUACACUUGUAAUGAUAUCUGAACUGGACAAAAUGCAAACCCAGCCUUGGUUACUCGAUGGUUUUCCUAGGACAUUGGGUCAAGCUGAAGCACUUGAUAGAAUAUGUGAUCUGGACCUGGUGAUAAGUUUGAACAUCCCAUUCGAGAGCCUCAAAGACCGCCUAAGUGCUCGUUGGAUUCACCCAGCAAGUGGGAGGGUAUAUAAUAUGGAAUUCAACCCACCUCACGUACAUGGUAUUGAUGACAUUACUGGUGAGCCAUUAAUCCAGCGGGAAGAUGAUAAACCUGAAGCUGUUGCUGCCAGGCUAAGAAAAUACAAAGAUGCUGCAAAGCCUGUAAUGGAAUUGUACAAAAACAGGGGGAUUCUACAUUCAUUCUCUGGGACAGAGACCAAUAAAAUCUGGCCUUAUGUAUACUCACUGGUGUCCAGUAAGAUUCCUCCACUCCAAGUCGAAGAAGCAAAUUAACCAUCUCCCAAACAGAAAGAAGUAUUAAUAUAGUCAACUUUUUUAAAAGAACAAAUUUUGUGUGCUGUUUCUGUGCUCAGUCCUCUUUAGAAAAACAGCUGUUCUCCCUGGUUUUACUGGAGAAUAGCUGUAGAAAUACAACUGUAACCAACAUCAUCUUUGAAAGAUGUUCUAUAUGUGAAGUAUAUGUGCAUGGACUCCCAGGUAAUCGUGAUUGGUUAUGCAGAGACAGAUAUACCUUUUAGCAGGUCUAAAGCCUGUUCUUUCCACCCAGCCACGGCUAGUGCUUCUGUAUAUGCAACAUGUCAUUCCAUGGAUGUUUGUAAAAUGUUUUCCUUUGGUUCAACACUCCAUAGCAGUAAAAACAACAAACACUACCCUAAAUGUAUCUACAAUGCAAUGAGCACUCUGGAAAACAUAUGCAUUAUUUAGGUCAAAUAAUGUGUUUCUGAUAAAUGGAAAAUCGUGGUGGUUUAAAUAUGUUGCUUCUCAGUGAGAAAACCAACAUUAAAGAAUAUCUAUUAUGAAAAUGCUGCUGUACAAUGAUAGAACUAAUAUUUAAGUCAGUGGUGUGGCUUUAGACCAUUCCAUUGACCAGGAAAUGGAGGUGGCCUAUUCUAGAUAUCAGAAAGGUUGUAUUACAUGGUGCAUUUUAGUAACUUUGUUAGAGCUUUAAUAUUGUUAUCCGUCACUAAUAGUCAGUGUAGUCCCUACUUUUUCUCUCUCCAGCUGAUGCAAAUUGUCCUAUUUCCAGACAAACACUCAUGCAUUCAGACAUUCUGGGUUAGAUCUAAAAGAGCCUUUCAUGAUUUGACCAUUUAUCCCCCACACUGUAGCCCAUUUCAUCCCAUAGUUCUCUGUUCUGGGGUCUCCUGACUCUCAAAAAUGGAUUUUCAGUGAACUGGGGUUGUAGUGGGUAUGAGGAAGCCUCUCUGUUCUAACACAAUAAUGAACCAGAUUAUCAGUGAUUGUGGUUGGCAAUGGAUUCCCAUUUCUGCAGAAGCGCUUCUGAAAUUGUGAAGAGUGCUGCUGAGUUAUAUCAAUAAUUUCUUAUAUAAACACCUGUCCUAUUUGCAUAGUUGGGAUUGUCCAUGUAAAGACAGUCAGUAUGUCAUGGUUCAGUUUGUUUUUGAAAUGUAUGUCAUGGUUCAGUUUGUUUUUGAAAUUUUAUCCUUGAGGUUAUGUACUGUUAAGCAUGUUGCUUUACUUGAAAACACUGACCACACUUCUAGGUCAUUCUAGUUCAAGUGCUGAGCAAAAACAUUCAAUUUUCUAGAGCAGUACAUUACAAACUUGCUUUGAGGGAAUGCUUUUCGUAUUUGACUUGACUGCUGAGCAACACCUAUGUGUUGGCUGCAGAUAUCCCUGCUUAUUGAUUCUAGGGCAUUUUCUUCAUAGCAAACUUCAAAAUGUAUGGGAUGACUACAAACCUCUUGGGUCUUGGUCCUGCCCCAUGCAGAUAAACAUUGUGCCUUAGAGCAGAGAUUCUCAAUGUUUGGUCCAAUAACAUCUGGGGACCCAAAGCUGAGAAUCUCUGCUCUAGAAUAUUCCCAACAUACACUUAGAAUAUGCAUUGCAGUAGUAAUGGGCAAGCUGUCUUCCAGGAAUCUUGUUUGCCAUUAACACACUGCCAUAAUCUUACCUUCUUAUGGAAACCAUGGUAAGCUUCCAAGCAGAACCAUGCUUCCACAGUAGACAGUUGGAAAGCCACUGUUCUAGAUUAACAUUGCCAGAUCAAAUGAGCUUCUGAUUCCUUCUUCCUCAUACUUCCCUUUCAGUUCCCCAUUUGAUUUCCUCUAGCAUUAUUCUGUAGUAAAUAAAAUAGGAGCUUGCAAUUGGUUUUUAAAAAAAUUGUAAAGUUUCUUCUGGAGCAAAGAAUUCUUCGAGGAAGAAAACUUAGGAUGUAACCCAGUUUCUUUUUAAAAAGGAGACACACAAACCUUAAAGGUCUUGAAACCUGGUUAUUUUUAAACAAGUUGGCUCAUAACAAGAAUUAAUGGCUUUUCUAAACAGAAGUAACUACUGUAACUUUGAUUCCUAAUUUUUCACAGGAGCUGGAAGUUGCCCCUCUUAGUACAAGUAUUCUUGUCUCUUAUUUUAUAUACUAUUAAAGGGUUAGGGGGAAUGUAUUCUGGAGAAAAAUGAACUGGAUUUUUAUUGAGUAGAUAUUUAUCCAUGCUGGUUUGAUAAAAUGUGACUCUGCUUUUUAAAUCAGUAGGCAUUGUAAAGUUCCUAAAUUUCUAUCUCUUGAGAUUAGAACUUGAUAGCAUUUUAUGCCCUCACCAUAUCUUGGGCUGCACUGGAAAACUGACAAUGAAUAUCUGUUGGCACAAUCAGACUUGCUAAACCCCUGUGCAGCUGCAGUCUUUCUCAUUUGGUAUAAGUAAUGUCUGCAUUCAUUUCUCACCUCUACACUUGAUUAGAAGGCAGACUGUAUUGGUUUUCACUUGUUUAUUACGUUAAGAAAUUUCUGUUCUUCUUACAGGGAGACUUAAAGCAUGAUCCUAGUUUGUGAACUUGGAUGCAAGUUCUAUUGGGUUUAAUGGGACUGACUUCUAAGUAAGCGUGUAAAGGAUUUGAGCCUUAAUUUUGGCUUUCUAAGAUGUAAACAGAUUUAAUACGAUGCUGUUCAUAUUUGUGCAUGUAAACGUUAAUCCACUGUAGAGAUGUAUUCCUCAUCAAUCAUGUUUCUGUAGGUGUACAACUGCAGUUUAGUAAGUUACUACUACACUUAUCCCUUCCACCCUUUGAUGCAGGUUGCGUUGUAGAUGCUGAUUGUGAGGUUCUUUUACCUGCAUCAGAGUGGAGUAUUCUCAAAUGCUGAGGUGAAUGCAACUAUACUUGUGCAUCCCAGCAUAUUGAAUCUAGGCAUGUCAAACUUUUAACUUGCACAGCUACAAGACAGGCAUCUUGUUACAUUUUAGUUGUCAAGCAGAACCUGACUCCUACAAUCUUUGUACUGUAUGAAGUCAUAUAUUCAAAGCAAGCAUUGGACUCAAACUUACUGCUUAAUUUUGAUCGUGCUUUGCAGUUGAAUCCCUUAAAGCAGUUUGCUAUAUUAAAAAUGUGUAAGAAUAAAAUACAGCAUUUUCAUAAAACUAAAUUUUCAUUUUCACCUUUCCGUUGCGGAAUAUAUAUCCUGUCAGUUAUACAUAUUGGUGGAACUAGUUCUUAAUUUUUAAGAACUAUGGUGUGCAACACCAUAGGCAGUUUGUUACUACGAGAAAGCAUCUAGUAUUAAACUUUCAUAGCUAACUAAACACACACUCCUGGUCUCCCUUACCACCCAACAAUAAAGCUUAUUAUAUUUAGCAAUAGUUUGAAUAUAAUAAAGCGAACAUACUGUGUGAAUCCAACCUGAGCCUCUCAGAUUGAAUUGUUGUAGUACACAGUAACAGGAAUGGGUAACUGACAGACCAGAAUUUGAAUACAGACUGCUGGUGAUCUUGUAUGGAAUUCACACUGCCACCGUCUGGAGAGCUGUCACUCGAUAUACAGGAAUGCAGUCCAGCUACUAGACGCUGAUAUUUUUGUACUUUCUAUGAAAAUAAAUUGCCUCCUGUUGUGGCAGAUGGAGAUAGAACUCCUCCUGCACUUAUGUUUUGAAAGACUGAAGAGGGCCUUGCUAAGCUGGUGGGAUAUUCAAUUAGAAAGGUUUAUGUUUCAAAGACCCAAACACACUCUUCAUAAUAUCUAGUAGGAGUCUUAAAGAAGAGGGUUUUAGUGAGCAGGUUUGCGAGUCCAUAUAGCAAAGGCUAUGAGUCUUACACUUGGGUUCUUCUUGAUUAGCAGUGUUUCCAGGGAAUGCAGUGUUUGAUCAAACAGUUUUUCAAAAUGUCAUUAAAUCUCAUUGUGACCAUUUGUGGGAGUAGAGAGAGAACACAGAUUUAAAAAGAAGCCAUUGUCUACAAAAUGUUGCAUUGAUUUGCUGGAUGUACUGUUACACUUCAUUGUGAAUGUGAACUGGGUAUACACAAAGAGUUAAACAUCAAAGCUGGGAACUGAUUUAUCCCCUCCCCUGUACAUCUCCUACUCGUUCUGAAUGUCUGGUAUGCUAGGAAAAGCAACUGCUAGGUUAGGUGACUUCUGACUUCUUCUCUGUCUUCCAAAAUCUUGGUUUGGGAGAGGCUAUUCUAAGAGCAGAAAGGAGAACCCUUCACCUAGUCAUGCCUCAGGGACUCCAGGCUCAGGUGGGCAGAUAGGAAUGGGUAAAACAAGGGUUCUCCCAUAUGCCCUCCAGUUUGCCUUGCUGAGGUAAGGAAUAGCAAGGCUUGUCUCUUGUUCACCUGUGGCAGGUGCAAGAGAGCCUUAUAGAAUUAGAACUCCAUACUGCACUCCAUUUGUAUUGUACUAUAUAUUUCUUCAUAUAGGCAUUUUAGUGCAGUGCAAUCUAGGUUAUUGUCGCAGGUCUGAGAGAGUUAACUUGCAAAAACUAUGGAAGGGUUUCAGCUCCCAAAUUCAUAUUUGAAGCAAGAGGAAAAGAGCUCUAAUUAUGAAAAUGUUAUUGCUGUGUAAACUUACUACAGUAAAAUGUACUUAUAUAUUUUUUAAAAUGAUUUCAGGGUUGAAAUGCCAUUUCUUGCUGCUUAGAGUAGUUGAGCAAAAGCUCUUCAUUCAGAGGCUACCCAGAAUGCUUCAUUUUGAUCAUAGCCUUUUUGAGAAUAGCCAUCUUUUGUAAUACAGCAUAAUAUUCACCUCAUGGUGUUGGCACUUUACUGUGAAUCUGACGCAUUUUCUAAAGUUAUGAUUCUGUCUUUGUAACAACUGUGUGUUGGGAGCAAUUGUUUUGGGAAUGGUUUUUGUAUGUAAUGGAGAGGGUGUAUUUUUUUGUCUUGAAUAAUCUCCCUUCUACUUCUCUGAAAACUCUAAACCUGUAUUGCCAUUUGAUAUAUGUAAAUAAAGUUUUUUCAGCUUA